AUGACCCGUCCCCGAUCGGACAGCGCAUUGAAAGCUGUCUUGGCAGACUUUCCUCCGCCCGAAGCGGUUUCCCAGAAUGCCAAGAGCUUUGGGAGUUUGGGUCACCCAGUGUUGUGCCACCGUCCUUGCGUGUACUUGCUGAAGGGAAGCAUCUGCAAGCAGGGCGCUUUGUGCCAGUUCUGUCACCACUCCCAGCACUCUCCGAUGCCGAAACUUGACCAGAUGCAAAGGGCCCGAGUUCAACGCAUGACAGAGCAAGAGCUGCUCCGUCUGCUGAUACCGCAUAUCAGGGAACAGGCCCGUGCUGCAGGACUGCAAGAACGUGCCGAGCACUUCAUCAGGACCUUGCAGGACAAGUUUUGUGGCGAGGCCUCUGGAAAGUCUGAUGAGAGCAUUUCUUGGAAGGAGCUGUGCAAGCUGAAGAAGACACUGCGCCAGAUGAACCUGACGGCUUUGAUCCGGCUUCUUCCGACGGAUGUUGAGGGAAUCUAUGAGCAGUUGCGCACCUUUGCGCCGGGGCUGCCGCCUUAG